AUGCCGGAUUCCAGGGAACCCUUGGCGCAAGCCCGGCUUAAUGCGGACGUAUCCUUGCUUCGAGGAGUCCUGGCCAUACUCUUCAUCCCUGGCGCGGAAACGGCACCAGGCGAAACGAAUGAAGGCCGCUUUCAGGCUAGGAGCCAAACGAGAGGGCGGUGCCUCUCGUCCACUGAAAGCCGUCCUCGGAUCGAUGGAGGAAACCAAGUCUGUAUUCCAGCUCGCCUUCCGCCUGAAAGGGGAGCCCGUCAGGCUACUACGCGACCUCGACGCGGACGAACGGCAGAAGCUGAAGCCGAAAUCCAUGAGCGUCGAGCAAGUGGUGAACAAGCUCUCUUCAUCCGGGAUUUUUCGGGUCCAGAGGAGGCGCCAAUAUUUCCGGUGGAGCCCUAUUGCAAUACCGAACAGAGUCUCCUCCGGCGUAAACUGGAGGGACGUGUAGUCGGUUACUACCGACAGGCGCAGCCGCGCGUGCAUAGUGUCUGCCAAUAUACGUACUGUUUUGAACAAACGGGACGAGUUGGAUGCGUUUGUCACAGAGUAUUUCCCGGUGGUCAUCGCCCUCACCGUAACCUGGCUCACCCCCGACAUUCUUGA